GCGGUGACGCAGCGGCUCACGGAGUGUCAGGUGUCUCACUGGAAGACUGACUGCUGCACGGAAGUUCGCACAGGGACUCGCCAAAGAUGGAACCUGGUCCAUUCAGUCGAAAGUCUUGGGUGACGCAGUCCUUGCGUAUCACUGCCAAGGAGCUGUCUCUGGUCGGAGGCCGAGGCAAAAGCAAUGCCAUCGCAGAGCGCUUCUCCAAGUACCAGAAAGCUGCUGAAGAGUCAGCUGCAGAGAAGAAAAAAGGAUCUCAUGACGGUGCAGCGACCUCCAUGCGGUCAGGCAACCUGAGUGCUCUGAAGAAGCGUUGGGAACAAGCGGGGAGCUUCAAGGAGAAACCCGCCGCUCCACCUCCGAGCCAGCCUCGCUCCCAGCAGCGGCCUCUGUCCCUGACUAGGUUCCCUUCCACCAGUGAGUACAGUCCUCCACUGAAGAGUCCCGGCCCACAUCCUGAUCAGGGAGGCCAGCUCAAGCCGGACGCGGCGGCAGCUCCAAAGCGGGAAAAGCAAAGAGAGAUGGACAAGGAUGAGCCGACGUUCAGCAGACGACCUGAAAAGCCUGACGAGCAAGUUCCGACCAGCCCUCGCGGCUCUUCUGAGCAGCCUCGAGCGCUUCUGAACAACCUGAAGAUGAAGUUUGAGAAGGGAGAGGACACAGUGGUCAAGGGUGGCAGAACAACGCUGCGCAGCUCUUCAUCAGAGGACACGGAGCAGCACAGCAGCCCGCCGGUGUCUGACAGAGCGCUGGACUCAUCGUCCCUGAGGGAAAAGAUGGCCAAGUACCAGGCUGCUGUUAUUAAACAGGAAAACACGCGAUCCGGCGUGGCCUCAGAGACGUCUGCUCCAAAGUCACCUGCAGCUGUAAACGGACAGCACACUGCAGACUGCAAUGGGGAAAGCACCGAGCAACCCAAAGCGACCAGGAAGUUCACCCCGGCGGUGAGGGAGACGUGCGUCGUUUGUCAGAAGACGGUCUACCCGCUGGAGAGACUCGUGGCUUAUCAACAGACUUACCACAAAAACUGCUUCCGCUGUGUUCACUGCAACGCAAAGCUGAGUUUGGCGAAUUAUGCUUCCCUGCAUGGGAGCAUCUACUGUAAGCCGCAUUUCAGCCAGCUGUUCAAGUCCAAAGGCAACUACGAUGAAGGCUUUGGCCACCGGCCUCAUAAGGAGCUGUGGGAACCGCGAGUCGACGGCGAGGACGGGGAAGACGUCGCGAAGCCGAGAGAAGAGGACAGACCGGUGAAGGUGACGCCUAAAGCGGAGAGCGGCUCGGAGGCGGAGCCCACCACGCCCGUGGAGACGUCCCCUCAGGUGAAGGUGACGGAUAUCACCGCCUUGCUGGCGCGCGCCGGCUCCGCGGAAAAGAGCCAGCCCGCGGAGAAACCGGCCGAGGCGCGCAGGCUGAGGAUUGCCUGGCCUCCCCCGGCCGGCGAGGUGCAUUCUGGGAUGGCGCCGCUCAGUCCGGUCACGGAGGGCGUCCCCUCCAACCGAGCCAAGAGAGGGAAGUGGCCGCCGGAGGACGACUCGCCGUCGUCGUUCCAGAGCACGGAGCGGGCCGAGCUGACGAGCCUGAGGAGGAGCUCCUCCCUGAAGGAGCGCAGCCGACCGUUCACCGUCGCCGCCAAACCGACCGUCUCCCGCAGCGCGGGGCCCAGGGAGCCGCGGCGCCCCCUCAAGUCCCUGCUGGAAUGGAGAGCGUCGUUCGAGGAGAAGCAAGCGCCCAAAGAGUCUCGCGACGAAAAGAAGGCAGAUGUGGAUCAGGCGAAAGAGCAAAGCGAGCAGAAAGCGCCGAGUAAAGCCGCCGCCGCCGCCGCCAUGAGAAGCAAGGCCUCGCCGGAGGACGGGCCGCGGGAACCGGAUGCAGCGGCUGACAGGAAGGCCCGAGAAAGAGAAAGCUCUGUGAGGAGCCUCUCGCCCGAAAGCUCCCCUUCCCCGUCCCCCUCCCCUCCGCCGCAGCCAAAACACAACCGCGCCUCUCAAGACGUGGGCUUCUGGGAGGAGGACAAAGAGGGGAGCGACGCGGAGGAGAUGAGUGCCGAGGAUAUCAUCAAGAGGAACCGCCAUUACGACGAAGAGGAGGAGGAGGACUGUGAAUCAUAAGAGCGCCAUACAAUCUUAAUGUCAUGUCCACCCACCGUAAAACACUUUGUCAGGUUUAUUUCCUCAGUUUAUAGGUAGAUCAUAGAUUCAGCUUUGUGCAGUGAAGUACAUACUUUUUCCUUUUUUCUUUAUUUGCAUUUUACUCCUCUAAAGAUCUAAAGAUGUCGUAUUCAUUUCCUUUUUUGUUUUUUUAUAAUGCUUUAUAUGCUAUUAAUUUUACUGGAAAAUGGGUCCAUGUUAAAUUGAGUCACUGCUUCUCUGUACCUCAUGUUAUAAUUAUGUGCAUCAUAAGUGGCAUUUUAUGUCAAAGACACUCUUAAACUUAAUGUAGCACUUAAUGGUACGUCUUAAUUACAGGCUGUGCCAGAAUGCAUCAAUCACAGAAAUCCUUACGUGGCCUUCACAGACCGUGCUUUAUGAAAUGUUGGAGAAAUUGGGAGAAAUUGCUGUAAUCUAUAGUGAAAAUUGAACAUACGCGAAGAAUGUGCUGGAUUGGUAUUUAGCUCUUCUCCGAAACGACACUGUGCAAUUCUUCUCUCAGGGAUGAAAAAUGUGGUCAGGGCUCCCGAAAGUCCACAGUUUGUACUGUAUGUCUCUCGUCUCAUGGGACACUUUUCUACUCUGAUCACAGGAAAACAAAGUUUAGUUACUUCUCAUGUCCCAACAUCUUAAUGCCUGAACUGUUAAUUUUUUUUUUUUGUAUCAAAUGUUAACCUCUACAAGUAUCAGUUUUUUAUUGCAUGUAAAGCUACGGCAACAAACUAAAGCAACAUUGCACAGAAAAAUGAAGCAUCUUAUUUUGAAUAUUCUUUGGGGAAUCAAGUUUGUUCACUUUUUGGAAGGAAAACAAAAGCAAAAAACAAAUCCUGUUUGAAAUCAUGAAUUCAAAGAUUACUUAUCUCUGUCACAGUGAUUGACAACCUGGACUUUAUCGACGUUCGUCCCUGCAGCUGCCUGUUUUCUGUGUAACAUCUCAACGUGUGUCAUCUCUAAAGGCCUUCUGAUUUUUAAAUGUAGUCCAGUGUAUAUUAUAUGUAAAACACUUUCUAUUUUAUAACUUGUUAUGGAAUAUAUGUUUGCACAGUAGUUUUUAAUGAUUUGUAUGAUGCUGAUUUGGCAUUGGGAAACAAUUAAAAUUACCAGUAAAGACAGUU